AUGUCGCUCUCUUCGUUCAACGAUGACUGGAUUCGGUGCCCGACACCAAAAGGGUCAUCGAACGACGCGCUAACAUGGACAACGUCGCUAUCGAGAUCCCGCGUGUCCACCGUUGAUGGCCUUGGUUUCAGCGAAAGCGUCGAUGUCGGAGCGAUGAAUAGCCUGGAGAGCUUACUGCGUACAGUCCAGCAACUGAAGCUCAAAAGGCUUCUUGUCGAAGAACUGGAGGAAAAUCGGUUUAUCGCGGCUGGAGAGACUUUUGCCGUGACGGAAUGCAGAUACGAAGGGUCUGUCGUGGCUAUCAAGCGCAUCCGACUGAACGAGGAUAGCCAUGGGACCUCUGAUCGCCAGCAUUUCCAGCGACGCCUGCAGUCUGUCUUGCGCGAGGUUUUGAUCAUGUGCCACCCCCUUUAG